CUUUCUUCCUGGCUGGCCUCUCCUCUGUUCCCCAUCUCCUCACUUCCCUCCGUGCCUGUGCUCUGACUGGCACUUUUUCCUAGAUCCUUGCCCAGGCCAAUCCUUCCAUGCUGUCUUCAAGCCCUGCUUCCUGCACAUCUCCCAACCCAGACAGGGAGAAUCCAAGUAAGAAGGUCCAGUGGGCUUCUGGGAAGAGGAGGACAUCAUCCACAGACUCCGAGUCCAAGUCCCACCCUGACCUCUCCAAGGUGCCCAGGUCCCGCAGACCUAGCCGACUGACGGUGAAGUACGAUAUGGGGCAGCUCCAGCGCUGGAUGGAGAUGGAGCAGUGGGUGGAUGCUCAGCUUCAGGAGCUCUUCCAGAGUCUCACUUUAUGGCCCUCGGUAGAGUGCCGUGGCCUCACACACUCACAGCAACCUCCAACUCCUGGGCUUAAGCAAUUCUCCUGCCUCAGCCUCCCAAGUAGCUGGGACUACAGGAUCAACCAGACCCUUCUGAGCCUGAGAUUGACCUGGAAGCUCUCAUGGAACUAUCCACAGAGGAGCAGAAGACACGGUUGGAGGCCAUUCUUCAAAACUGCCCUCACCCCACAGAGCCUUUUAUCUCUGAGCUGCUCAGUCAACUCAAGAAACUCCGCAGACUUAGUCGACCUCAGAAAUAAGCCCAAGAUACUAUCUGCAGCAACAUCAGCACUGCCAGGCCUGCCUUGAACCUCUGGAUCCCAGCUGAGAGGGAAAACAGCUCCUCAGGACACAAAGAACCUGGAGGACAAGAAGGGACAUUUUUUACACCCCUAGUGUAUGUGCAGUCACAGCUGGUUUCUGACAGCUGGGCUCUCUAGGAACCAAUCAUGGCUGCUGCCCAGUGCUUUCCUAGGCAGCCAAAUGGAUAAAAGCUUUAGGAGCCCCAGCUAAA